AUGGCCGAAGAGAAAGAAAUCUACAUCACUUCCGUCUCGUACGGUUACGUUUUAGCAUGGCAGUCUGCUGGUAGCCCAAGCUACGCCGUCGUGCAAGUGCGCGACCCUACUAGCAAAGCCCAGCGUUGGGUUGUGGAGCCAAGCGAUGAGAAGAAUGUGGUCGCCCUCAGAAACGCGGCGAAUGGCGGAUACCUGAAUACCCAAGAGGCAAAGAACUUCGGCAAAGUAGCAGUUGGAGCGAAACAGCUAUGGCGGAUCGAUAGCCCAGACUUCGUUCAUGCGCAAGGUGGAGUUCGGUUACAACCACAGUCUUUCGACAAGUACUUCCUCAACCACGAUGGCCCUCAUCGGACGAAUUUUGGCGACCGAGGGCAAAAAGCCCAUAUGUGGCAAUGGCAAGUCGCGAUAGCGGAGGUGAGCAGGCAACGAUGGGAGAUUAAUAGUGUUUGGUAUUUAGGAACGACUGGAGAUUUCGAUGCUUUGGGUGCGGCGACGGGGCAGGCAAGUGCUUCGAAUGAGGAGUCGGAGAAGAAGAUCAAGGAUCCCGAGGCGCGGGAAGCAGCCAUUUCGAGCCGGGAGAGCGAUGUGCAGAAGAAGGAUAAGCAGGUACAAGAUAAGGAGGCUGAUUUGGCCAAGAAGAACAAGCAGGUGGAAGACAAGGAGGCUGAGAUGGCCAAGAAGGAUAGUAAGCAGCAAGAAGAUUUGAGUGCUCGGCAGAAGGAGUUGCAGGAUAGGGAGACUAAGCUGGCAAGUGAGGAGGAGAAGCAGAAGAAGAAGAAUGAGGAGGAUACCAAGCAGUUAUCUGAGCGGGAGAAAGACCUCGCUGAGCGAGAGAAGUCAGCGAAGGAGAAUAAUGGCAAGGCGCAAGACUAUGAGCAGAAGCUUAAGGAUCUCGAAGCAAGAGAGCAGGGCCUGGCGUCGAAAGAGAAAGACUCUGCUGAGUCCAACAAGUCCAAGCAAGAAGAGAUCCAAGCACGAGAGACCAAGCUAGUGGAUGAAGAGAAGAGGCGAGUGGGGGAGGCCGAGGAGAAGGCCAAGGACGUACAGAAGCGUGAAAGUGAUCUCGAGGAGCGAGAGAGGCAAUCGAAGGAGGCUGAUGAGAAGCUCAAGGACUUACAGGAGCGUGAAAGUAAUCUCGAGGAGCGGGAGAAGCAACUAAAGGAGCGGGAGAGCGCAGCCAGCAAAACUACGUCUUCUGGUGGCGAUGCCGAGAAGACACCAGACUCCCGCGCCAAUCAGUCUAAACCCAGAUCUGCACAGAAGACUACGACCAAUGGCGCGACUUCAGAUCCUCGGGACGACCAGCUCAAGGCUAUGCACGAGCGGCUGGAUAAUUUGGAGAAGCAGGUCAAUGGGAAGAGCGAGGCCAGUGGCGACUCUGCUGGUAAGAAUUCGUGUGAUCAUAAGAUUAGUCGGCCCCCUAAGAAGCUUGAGAGGAAGGUAGUGGGGUAUGUUUAUGCGCCUAAGGAGUGA